AUGAGCAUGUGCGGGGGGAACGGCAGCAAAAGAGCAGCAGGUCCCGCGCCCGUGUGUGUGUGUGUGUGUGUGUGUGUGUGUGUGUGUGUGUGUGUGUGUGUGUGUGUGUGUGUGUGUGUGUGUGUGUGUGUGUGUGUGUGUGUGUGUGUGUGUGUGUGUGUGUGUGCGUGCGUGCGUGCGUGCGUGCGCUCGCUGGUAUACAAACCUGGCCUGGGCUUUGCAAAGGUAUGGAAAGUGCUUCAUGGCAAAGAGAGUGAUGUAUCGAGCUCGCGGAUGAUCAAGAAGCACCUCACGCGCCAUCCAGUCAAAGCCACCCUGGCCAUAUGCAGUGCCCAGGAGCAAAGGGUGCUCCGGCAGAAAGUGACCAAAAUGACCGAAAUGUCUCUCUCUCUCUCUGAGUCUGUUAGUUUGUGUGUGUGGGUGUCUCUAUCUCCCUCUCUCUCUCACACACUGUCUCUCUCUCACUGUCUCUCCCUCCCUCUCUCUCUCUCUCUCUCACUGUCUCUCACACUGUCUCUCACACACACACACACACACUCUCUCUCUCUCUCUCUCUCUCUCUCUCUCUCUCUCUCUCUCUCUCUCGCUUUCUCUCUCUCUCUCUCUCGCUUUCUCUCUCUCUCUCUCUCUCGCUUUUUCUCUCUCUCUCGAAGCAAUUCUCUCUGUCUCUCUCUUGUCAGCAAAAUUCUUUUGUCUUCUUUUGUCUUCUUCUACCUUUGUUUCUACUCGCUCGGUCUCUCUCAUAGUCGGUCGCUCGGAUUCGGCUGUCCGUAUAUGGAAAGCACAUGGUCCGUGUGGUAG